GAUGAUUGCCUCUCGUCGAGUGUAUUACUUCCCACAGUUCAGUGGAUGUCACUUAGCACGAAGCUCCACCCACCUCCCUGUGUUGUAUCCCUACAGAGGAGGGUCGAGGUUCGGGGCGGGCUUGGUGUGGUGUUCCAGGACAACGUGACACGGAAUUAAAGUUUCCCUUUUAAUUUGGAUUGAUUUAGGAUUAUACAGCGACAACCCGACAUCAUGCUCAGAAGGAUACUGCAGCGGACUCCUGGAAAAGGAGGCCCUGAUCAGCCUGCCACAGACGUCAACACUGACCAGACCUCCGAGGGUUUCAUCUGUCCUCAGUGCAUGAAGUCGCAUAACUCUGCUGAGGAGCUCUUCAAACAUUAUGACGUAUUCCAUGAAUCUGCCAACGAGCCCAUGUCCCAAGGGUCCAGCAGGGAAGACUUAGCUCUGCUCCGACAAGAAAUGCAGGACCUGCAGGCCUCUCUCAAGGAGGAGAGGUGGUUCUCUGGGGAAUUGAAGAAAGAACUUGACAAAGUCCAAGGACAGCUGAAGCAAGGCCCACAGAAUGAUGGCCAGGCUGGUGUGGAGGAGUCAGACCUGGAGAGGAAGCUGAAUGAGGCAGAGACGGAGAAAUUUAACAUCAAGCAGAUGAAGGACCUAUUUGAGCAGAAAGCAGCCCAGCUGGCCACCGAGAUAGCGGAUAUUAAAUCAUGUUACGAUGAGGAGAAGAGUCUGCGGGAGAUUGCAGAGCAGCAGAUCUCCACCCUGACCCAGGACCUGCAGAAGGAGAAACACGAGAAGGAGUGCUUCGAGGCAGAGCUGCUGCAAAGGCCUGGGAUAGAAGAUGUGGAGGUGCUGAAGCGGGAGCUGGUCCAAGUGCAGACCCUGAUGGACAGUAUGACUCUCGAGAGAGAGGAGCAGUCCGAGCGCCUGAAGAUCCAAUUCCAGAAGCUGCAAGCUGAACACACUUCCUCUGAGACUUGUAAACUGGAGAUGACUAUCUCCCAGCUGAGGACAGAACUGCAGAAAGGGCCACAGGAGGUGGCUGUUUAUAUACAGCAAAUACACCAGCUCCAACAGCACAAUCAGGACCUUUUGGACAAGCUUGGGAAGAAGGAGUGGGCAUGCCAGGACCUACAGGAGCAUCUGAACCUGGAGCAGGCCAGCAAAAAGAGCUUGCAGACCUCCCUCCACCAGAUGGAGCUAGAGUUCCAGAAACUGCAGAUCCAGGCCUCUGCCUCUGAGGCCUCUCUGCAGACGGCCCAGGCAGAGCUAGGCGAGAAAGAUGAAGUGGGUGGGCGGCUCCAGCAGGAACUCAUGGAUCUUGAGCUCAGCCACCAGCAGCUGAAGGCCGAAGCCAAGAAACUCAUACAGCAGAAGGAGAAGCAGGAACAACAGACCCAACAACAGCAGUAUGAAAUCAGCCAGCUCCAUGUCAAGCUGCUUGAGAUGGAGCGUCAUCUGGGAGAGGUGCAGGGCCGUUUGAAGGAACAGAGACAACUCUCUGGAGAGAAGCUGAAGGACCGUGAGCAGCAGGUGGCCGAACUGCAACUCAAACUUUCACGGACAGAGGAGCAGCUGAAGGAGAAUGUGAGCAAGUCCUUGGACCUGCAGCACCAGUUGGACAAGGCCCGGCAGAGCUACCAGGAGGUCCAGGCUCUGCACCAGAGCACCAGCGCCAAGCUGAGGGAAGCUCAGAAUGACCUGGAGCAGGUGUUGCGACAGAUUGGAGAUAAGGACCAGAAGAUCCAGAACCUGGAGGCUCUGCUGCAGAAAAGCAGAGACAGUAUCAGCCAGCUGGAGGCUGAAAGGGAGGACCUGUGUGCCAAGAUACAGGCAGGAGAAGGAGAGACCGCUCUUCUCAACCAGCUACAAGAAAAGAACCAUACCCUUCAGGAGCAGGUUGUGCAGUUGACGGAUAACAUGAGGAAUCAAUCGGAGAGCCACAAGCAGGCACAAGAGAACCUCCAUGAGCAGGUUCAGGAGCAGAAAACCCACCUGCGCUCAGCACAGGACCGCUGCCAUGCCUUGGAGACCUCCAUCACUGACCUCAGCAUCCAGCUGACCGAGAGUAAAGAGAGGGUCGCCCAUCUGGACACUCAGCUCAAAGUCAAGACUGAAUUACUUUUGUCCACUGAGGCAGCCAAGACCAACCAAAGGGUGGACCUGCAAAACCACUUGGAGACAGCCCAGCUUGCACUGCAGGACAAACAGCAGGAGUUGGUGAUGACACAAACCCAGCUGGGAGAGCUUAAUGGGAAGCUGCAGGAGAAACAGUGCCUCUGUGCCCAGCUGGAGAUCAGCCUGAAGGAGUACAAGGACAAACUACUGACUUGGGAACAGGGGGCUGAAAAACUGGAGGGCCAGAUCAAGAUGCUAGAGGUUGAAGUACAGGAGGUGCAGGCAUCCCGGGACCAGGCCCAGCAGGAGUUGUUGGACGCCCAUAAAUGCAGCACAGAGGCAGACUCCAAGGUGCACCAGCUGACCCGCCAGUUGUGCACAGAGAAAGAGGGGUCUGUCAGACUACAAAAGGACCUGAAGAAGCAGAGUGCCCAUCUAGUGGAUAUUCAAAAGCAGCUGCAGCAGCAAGAGAAAGAUAAGGCUUACUUGCAGCAGAGGCUAGACAGCCUGGCAAAUAAGGGUUUAGUGCAGCAGGCGGAGCUGGAGAAGGUCCGGCAAGAGAAGGAGGUAUUGACUCAGGAGCUGAAGUCUGUGCAGGAAGAUCUGAAGAAAAGCCACAUUCAACUGGACGAGGAGAGGAAGAACAGUAAAACCACUCUGGAGGAGAAGAAGGCUCUCCAACAGGCCAAACAACAGCUGCAUAAGAUGUCAGAGGUUUCAGGCAAGGAAUUGGCAGAAGUCAAAAGCCAACUGCAGAAGAUGGAGGAGGCAGAGAAGGGUCUGGAAUCACAACUGACUGCCCUGACUGCACAUCUGGCACAGACACAGGAAGUGCUAAAGGAGAAGGAAAAGGAAAUGCAGCAGCUGCAGGACAAGAUGAAGGCAGCCCAGGGAUCUUUUGGUCAGGAAGUCAAGAAACUGGAGGGUCAGCUGACCGGCCUGCAGUCCCUGAAUGCUAAGAAGGGGAGGGAAAAGAGAGGGGGGAGGAGGCAGUUGACCGCAGUGUUCAAGGACCUAACAUCUGAGAAGACCAAGUGUGCAGAGCUGCAGAAGAGCCUGGACAAUACCCAGCAAACACUGGCUGCACUGCAAUCUGACUGCUAUGCCAAGGACUCAGAGAUCUCUGCUCUGCGGCAUGACCUGAAGGCAUCUGAGGAUAAGUUGACACUGGCCCAGGAGGAACUUUUGGCAAACCGGACUCAAAUGAGCAGCCAGACAGUACUGAUUCACGAUCUGAAGGCAAGCCACACAGUACUACAGCAGGAUUCUACCAAGAAGGAGGAACGAGUCCAACAACAGGAGGAGGCCCUGAGAGACCUGCAACAGCGGCAGGAGAGAAGCCAGGAGGAGUUGCAGAAGGAGCAUUUGAGGAUGAUGGAGCUGAAGGAAGAAAAGAGUAGACUAGAGCAGGCUGUGAACUGCCUGAAUGAGGAGCUGAGGGCCAACACUGAGCGCAGCAACAAGGAGCUGACAAAGCUGCAAGAGGCGAAGCAGCUGCUGAUCCAACAGAAGCUCGAGAUGCAGGGGUGUGUGGAAAGUUCACAGGCAGCACUGGAACAGGAGAGGAGGGAGCAUCAAGCCACACAGGACAGUCUCAAUCACCAAGAUGAGGAGCUGAAAAAAGAAAAGGCUUAUAUUGAGGCCCAGCUGGAGACAGAGCUGAAAGCAAAGGCGGAGCUUGUGAAGUGUCAUGAAGAGGCGAAGUCCAGACUGUCAAUGCAGGUGAUGGCACUUAAUGAAAACAUGGCCACACUGAAGCGCGAGUGGCAGAGCAGCCAGCGGCGUGUUGGUGAGUUGGAAAAGCAGACUGAUGAACUGCGAGGAGAAAUCGCCGUGUUAGAGGCCACUGUGCAGAACAAUCAGGAUGAACGACGUGCCCUGUUGGAGAGGUGCAUAAAAGGCGAAGGCGAGAUGGAGAAGCUUCAGGCCAAAGUAGUGGAGACGCGGCGCAAACUGGAUGAUACCACGGCUGCCAUGCAAGAGCUGGGCAGGGAGAACCAGUCCCUACAGAUAAAACAGUCCCAGAAUCUGACGCGCAAAUGGGCAGAGGAUCACGAAGUGCAGAACUGCAUGUCCUGUGGGAAAGGGUUUUCCGUAACUGUCAGGAAGCAUCACUGUCGACACUGUGGGAAUAUUUUCUGUGGCGAGUGCUCUUCCAAAAAUGCCUUAACACCGUCAUCCAAGAAGCCAGUGCGUGUGUGUGACACGUGUUUCGAGGAGCUGCAGGGCUGAGAACUUCCUGCACACUUCACCUAAGAACUCCAAUCCUUUCGUAUACCACAUACAUGCACUGGUACCUACUCAUAACACCUGUUACAGUUCCAUUGUGAACUAAAAGGAUUGGAAUCUUGUGGAAUUUGGCCUGGGAUCACAGGGACUGAGAGGAGGUAUUUGUGGGUACAAAGA